AGAAGAAGGCCUUCAGAAAUGGCGCCUUUCCUUUCAAAUUAAACUUCGGCAACUCCAGCAGACGCAUAUUGAUUGAGGUAGAGAGAGAGGGAGAGGGGGAGAGAGAGAGAGAGAGAGUUUGUGUGUGUGUGUGUGUGUGGAGAAAACCUAGAAAUCCUGAAAAUGAUACCGAGAAGUCCUCCACAGAAGAGAUGCAGAACCGAACCGAUAUCUCAAGAUAGCCCAAUUCUCGGCGGCGGCAGUGGCUCCAACCGACAGCUCGUGAUUUACGAAGACGUUUCACCUACGGUCAAGCCGCUUAAUUCCUCCCACGAGCCGUCGGAUCACUUGCUCUGCACCUACCAAUGCCGACAAAUGGUUAAAUCAGACUUUCUAGAUGCAUUAAGCAAUGCAGAAAAGCAAGUUAGCGAUUAUCAAUCUAAACUGGAGGCACUAAAUGAAGGUUUCUGCAAAGCAGAAGCAGAGAGGAAGAAAUUUCGGGAUAAGUUUUUAUAUGCGGAGCAAGAGCUCGCCGCCGCUAAAGGACGUGAACAGGUGCUCCAGGAGCAGCUUUUGAGAGAAGUCAGUGAUUCUGGGGAACGGUUGAAAAAACAAUUACAAUCAUACAGUGAACUUGAGGUAAAGUUUCAAAAAGAAUUGAAUCUUCGCAAGGCAGCUGAGUCUUCAGCUGCUUCAGCUGAGGAGAAAAGAAGCAUUUUAGAGGCAAAACUAAGUCAACUAUCUGAAACCUCGGAAAGGGAGAAAAAGUGUCUUCGCAAUGAACUUACUCAAUUGAAAAGGGAUUCAAAGCUUUCUGUUUCUAGAAUAAGUGCAGAUAAUAGCAAUAUUCUGGUUAGACAUUUGCAGGAAGAACUUAGGAACUAUGAGUCUGAAGUGCGAGAGGCUAGAAAGCUCAGAUCAUCUCAUGAUAACAUUGAGUUGUUGAAGGAGAAACUUUUAGAGGAAAAGAGUCGUAGAGAGAGGGCAGAGGCAGAGUUAUCAAAAUUACAAGAAUUAGAACUAAGCAUGAAAAAAAUGGAGGAUGAGUUAUUAUCUUGGAAGUUGUUGCUUAAUGACAUUCCAGAUGUGUCAAGUCCAGAUGAUAUACUUAUGAAGAUUGCAGCUCUACAAAAGGAGGUAAUUGAUGGCACGAUGAAGACAGGUGAAACAAAUGCUCGCUUGAAGCAAAUGGAGGUUGCUCUGGAUGCUGCUGAACUUGCCAAACAAAGUGCUGAAACAGAGGCGCUACUUGCUAAAGUUAAGGCAGAAGCAUUGAAAUCAGAGGUUAAGCGGAUUGAAAAAAUGCUUUCAUUGGCUACUGAAGAGAGAGAUAGGUUGAGAAAUGCUGUCAAUGGAUUGAAAAGAUCAAAGAAUGAAGAAGCUGAGGGUGAAGCAGUAAAUGGAACCCGUGUUCAGGAGCUUGAAAUAUCUCUUGCUAAGAAGGAAAGUUAUAUCAAAGAUUUGGAGAAUGAGUUAACUGAACAAAGGGAUGUCAAUAAUCACCAACAUGAUGAAGUAAAGUUGCUGAACGAGAGGCUAAGUAACGAAACAAGAAGAAUAAAAUCAUUGGAAAGGGAAAGUGAUCGGCUUCGUUCAGAGAUUUCCUUACUCGAAGCCAAGUUGGGCCAUGGUGAUUAUUCUGCUGCAAAUACCAAGGUUUUGCGAAUGAUAAAUACCCUCACAGUAGAUAAUGAGGCAAAACAAACUAUAGAGGCUUUACGGACAGAGUUACAGAAGACCAAAGAGAAGUUGCAAGCCGUUGAAGAACUGAAAAGUCAAUCAGGGGACGCUGUGAAGCUGGUUGAUUCCCAUAUAUCUGGGAAGAUUCUUCAAUUGAAGGAACAAAUAGCGACACUUGAAAAACGUGAAGAAAGAUACAAGACUGUUUUUGCGGAUAGAAUUUCAGUAUUCAGGAGGGCCUGUUGUGAGCUUUUUGGUUACAAGAUUGUAAUGGAUGAACAUCAACGUCCUAAUGGAAUUCCUGUAACGAGGUUCACCCUUCAGUCUAUUUAUGCACAAAGUGAUGAUGAGAAGCUUGAAUUUGAGUAUGAAUCAGGGAAUACAAACAUUCUGGUGAAUGAGUAUUUUUUUCAACCUGAGAUAUCCCGUCAGGUUGAAAUUUUCAUUCGGAAGUUAAAUUCAAUUCCUGCAUUUACUGCGAACUUAACAAUGGAAUCAUUUAAUAGGCGCACUUUAUCAUAAGUAAAUCAACAUAUUGAGAUAACCUGUAAUUUCUUGAAUUCUUUUAACAAGUGGAUUGCGGAGAUUGGUGUACUCAUCCCUCAAAACUUUUCUUAUCAUAGUUGUUGCGUUGGAAUGCCAUUCUUGGCAUGGGAAUUACAAUCCUGGUGCUCAAAAGGAACUGGCACCUAUGGCCUAAUCUGUGUAAAUUAACUUUGAACAUAUGUUCCUGUUGUUUU